AUGGACAAGGAAUGGAUAUUUUUAGAUAAGCACACUGAUGAAUAUAAUGCUGGAUUGCAUGCAUUCCUUAAUUAUGCCUUAGAGCAUGCUUCUUUUGAAGGUACAAUCAAGUGUCCAUGUAAAAGGUGUCAUAAUGGCUACAAUAGACUGCCUGCUGUUGUUGAGCAGCAUCUUUGGGUGGAUGGCAUGGAUCCAAAAUAUGUUAACAUCCCCUGGACUGAGCAUGGUGAGCAUUUACCAGCUGCAGUUGAUCAUAAUAUGGCAGGGCCUUCAUCAUAUCAACCAGAUUUUAAUUUGUCGGGACCGUCAUCACAUCAACCAGAUUCUGAUGUGCAAGAUAUGUUGCACGAUGUAUUUGGUAUGUACGAAGGUGAAGAUGAUUUACUAGAACCAGCAGAGACUACUGAAGGUCCAUCCUUGCCUAACGGCCCUACCCCUGAUGCACAAAGAUUUUACCAGCUUUUAGAAAAAGCUGACGCUGAAUUAUACCCUGGUGCAGGAAAAAAGAUGUUUGAUUUUUUGAUAAAGCUGUAUCAAAUAAAAGCAUUGAACAGUUGGAGUGAUGUAUCGUUCACACAGUUGCUUGAAUUGUUAAAGGCUUAUUUGCCCCCAGGGGAAACUCUUCCUGCUUCUUUCUAUUUAACAAAAAAGUUCAUCAAAAGUCUCGGGCUGACAUACCAGAAAAUCGAUGCAUGUCCAAACGAUUGCAUGUUAUAUUGGAAGGAAUAUGCUUCAAACACAGUUUGUCAUGUAUGUGGUACAAGUCGGUACAAAGAGAAUACCUCCCCUACAAAGAAGGUACCAGCCAAGGUUUUGCGUUACUUUCCAUUAGGGCCAAGGCUUCAAAGGUUGUACAUGUCUCGCCACACCUCUGAAUUUAUGGUUUGGCAUUCUGAAAAGAGACCACGAGAUGGGGUUCUACGUCAUCCAGCCGAUUCUCUUGCUUGGGAAGAAUUAGACAAAAUUGACAAUAAUUUUGGCUCUGAUGGUCGAAAUGUUCGUUUGGGUCUAGCCAGUGACGGAUUCAAUCCUUUCGGUAUGAUGAGCUUGUCCCACAGUACUUGGCCUGUUAUCGUUACUGUUUACAAUCUCCCUCCUUGGUUAUGCAUGAAAAAGUCAUACAUGAUGUUAUCGUUGCUCAUUCCAGGCCCUAAAAGUCCAGGGAAUGACAUAGAUGUGUACCUGCAACCUUUGAUAGAUGAAUUGAAAAUUCUAUGGAUAGAAUGGGUUCCUACGUAUGAUGCGUUCAAAAAAGAGGUUUUUCAGAUGAGAGCUGCAUUAUUGUGGACUAUAAAUGACUUCCCAGCAUAUGCCAUGUUGUCUGGAUAUAGCACAAAAGAAUCUAAAGCUUGCCCAACUUGUGGUGAAGAGACUGAUUCUUUUAGGUUGCAUCACGGUAAGAAAGAAAUCUACAUGGGACAUCGAAAGUGGCUGCCAGAUAACCAUAUUUUUCGCACCUGGUAUAAUAACUUCAAUGGAUCAACUGAGCAUCGUAAACCCCCUAAACCAAUGACAGGUUUAGAUUGUUUGAGGGCGUUAAGUGCAUUGGAGUUCCAGUUUGGAAAGGGAAAGGAAACAAGCUCUAGUCGUAAAAGGAAACGAGUUCAAAAUAAUGAUAACACAAAAUACACAGGACCGUGGAGGAAGCAAAGUAUUUUUUUUCAACUACCUUAUUGGAAGGACUUAUUAUUGCGUCACAAUAUCGAUGUCAUGCAUGUUGAGAAGAAUGUUACAGAGAGUGUCAUUGGGACUUUGCUUGGAAUUGAUGGAAAAAAUAAAGAUAGCUUAAAGGCACGCCUUGACAUGGUCUUAAUGGGUGUUAAGCAUUCGCUCCAUCCUGAGGCACGUGGUGACCGAACAUGGCUACCCCCGGCGAAAUACACUUUAUCCAAAGACGAGAAGACACUAAUGUGCAAAGUACUUGAGCCGUAUCUACUUCCAGUGGCCAUCCGUCGUUCACUAAAACCGGACAUAACCAAGACGAGGCAGCAAUUGCAGGACCUGUGCAAUUUCGAUGGAUGUACCCAAUCGAAAGAUGGAGUUGAGUCAAAAAGAACAAGAAUUGGUCGUAAUGCUGAUGACCCUGGAAUUGUUCCUCGUGAAGGAUUACCAUUAUUUGUCGGGAUGGGACGAUCUAUAGAACCAGGACACGAGUUUACACUAACUGACCUUGAGUGGGAACGCGCACAUACACAUGUGUUGAUAAAUUGCCCAGAGAUUAAGCAACAUCUAGACAACCAUGUGGCAAACACACAGCGGACUAAGAAUAGACGCACAACUUUGAUGGAGGCUGAAAGACAAGCAAAUAAUACAUUUUCGAUAUAUUUUCAGGAAUUGAUUGAGAAAAGAGUACAACGAAAAGAAUUUGUCGACCCAGACAUUCGAGCCUUGGCUAUAGGACCAGAUAAAAAGGCAAGGCGAUUCAACAAGUACAUCAUGAAUGGGUUUCGCUUUUUUGUUAAAUCUAUUGAUGCUCAAUCAAAUACUCAAAAUUGCGGUGUGUUUGUUAAAGCUGGGGUGAGUAGCUAUGCUACUGCGGGAGAUCGUAGACCAAGAGAUGGUGUAAAAGACUACUAUGGUGUACUAACAGACAUCAUUGAGCUAGAUUAUCACCAUGGUCGGAAAGUCUUAUUAUUCGAUUGUGAUUGGGCAGAUAAUAGAGUUCGCAAUAGAGCCGUCAAAAUGGAUGAGUAUGGCUUCAUUUUGGUAAAUUUUGAUCAUCUACUUCCUAAACCGGACACUCUCAUUCUUGCAUCACAAUCAGUGCAAUUUUUCUAUGUUCAAGACCCAACUGAACCGAAUUGGCACACAGUGAUCCGAACCCGACCCAGAGAUUUAUUUGAUAUGGGCACAGACAUAGAACCGGAGCCUUAUGAUGCCCAAAAUUUGAUUGUAGGGAUUAACGAUGACGGAAUAGCAAGAACAGACAUGGACGGUGUUCUAGUGAAUGAUGUUAUAGAAUGA